CACACACACACACACACACACACACACACACACACACACCGCCGUACUCUCUCACUUUCUGCAUUCUGUAAUCAAUUUCCACUAUGCUACCACCUCCUUCGGCCUUAUUAGUCCCUUCUUACUCUCAUCCCUCGGACACCCCGCCUCACCCCAAUCAGUUGGAUGACAGAACAACUUCAAUGUACGUUUUGCCGCCUCCUUCCACUCUUCCUGGUUAUCAUCUUCCACCUCCGCCACCACCACCACCUUCCUCUUCUGCCUACUACUAUGCUUAUCCAUCUCCCACUGUCACUGACAACCGUCAAACCGUGGAAAAUAACCACUCUCAUCAGCCUUAUCAGUACGCUUAUUAUCCUCCUCAACGUCCCCGUUACUCUUCAUCCAAGUAUCCUUACUACAAUAACCCCAUGGACGUCGAUGGGAUUCAAUCAAAUAAUCGUGUGAUUGAUGCCACUAAAAACCCAGACCGAUCUAUCCGCCCUUCAACUCCGCCUUCCACACACCUUUCGGCUCAUCCAUCCUCCUCUUCUUUGGAGGGGAACCCCCAACCUUAUUCUCGCUCCACCGAUAAACUUCCUUCUCGCACGGAAGAUCCUUCCGUAUCAGCUGCCGCAGCCACUCUGGCUUCGUUUGCUUCCACCGCAUCCGCUGCCAAACCUACCUCUUUAUCGGUUUCAUGCGAUGACACCGACGAUAUGUGUGCCGGCUACGGUGACCUGAUGUGCGACCGUUGUGGUACCACCUUUAAACAUGCUGCAUGUUUAAAACGUCACUGUUGGGAACAUGUCGAUGGAUGGAAAGAUAUUCAGCAUCGUCUCGGACUUUCCAAAAAGCAACAAGUCCAAGUAUUGGAGGCUGCCCAAAUUCUCAUGAACAUUGCUGAAUGUCAGAUGCAUGUGACCGUUCACUGAGGAAAGAAAAAAGAAAAGAAAAACAUUUGCCAUUCAAUGCUGUCAUCCUUCAAAGAAUUUCCCAUCUUUUUAUGCCACGUUCCUUUUUUUCCCCCACUUUGUAAAUAUUACCACGCCAUAUAUUCCAGCUAAACAAAUAAAC